GCCGGGCAGUGUUGCUUGGGUAGUGGGGAGGGGUGGACAUCGCUGUGUUGUGCUCCCGGUACCUUGACUGACUGGCGGCGGUGUGGGUUGUAUUGUAGGGCCAGACAUGAGAGGGUUGUGAGGCAAGGUAGCAUCAUGUCUCCUGCGGUGUUCCUGGCGGCGUGGGUGUGCAUCGCCGUCACGUGCAGGACCUCGGCGCAAUAUUUAUCAGAGGACGGUGGCCCCAACAAAGGUCUGUUCCCUCACGUAAUUAACCUGGCCACGGGGGCGCGGAUCACCACCAACGCCACCUGUGGAGAGGAUGGCCCCGAGGAGUACUGCAAGCUGACAGAUCACUCGGGGAACAGGGCGCCUCAGUGUGGGGUAUGUGACGCUCUCUCGCCCGACAAGUCCCGCCGACAUCCAAUCACGAACGCUAUCGACGGAACGAACUCCUGGUGGCAGUCCCCGACACUAGCUGCCGGGAGACACUACGAAUGGGUCACUAUUACCAUCGAUCUCAAGCAGGUGUACCAGGUGGCCUACGUCAUCGUGAAGAGUGUCAUCUCCCCGCGUCCCGGUAACUGGGUGCUGGAGCGUUCACUAGAUGGCCGUAAGUACCAGCCGUGGCAGUACUACGCCCUAUCUGAUGCUGAGUGCCUGGCUGCCUUCGGAGUGCCCCCUACCCGCGGCCGUCCCACCUACACCUUGGACACUCAGGUCAUCUGCACCUCUUACUUCUCCAGACUGAACCCGCUUGAAGGAGGAGAGAUCCACACUUCCCUGGUGAACGGCCGGCCCGGAGCGUCUGGCCCAUCAGAGGCGCUGCGGGAGUUCACGGAAGCUCGAUACGUGAGGUUGAGGCUGCAGAAGAUACGAACACUGCACGGGGAUCUGCAGGGACGCCCAUCGCAGUCUGACGCCUCUGUGACCAAGCGUUACUUCUACUCCAUCAAGGACAUCAGCAUAGGAGGCAGGUGUGUGUGUAAUGGUCACGCCAACGACUGUGAGACGGACAGCCAGGUGAGAAGGCUUUCUUACCUAUUGUCACGCGGCGCGGCCCGGUGUUCAUGCGUCCACAACACCUGCGGGGACAAAUGCGACUCGUGCUGCCCUCUGUACAACCAGCAGCCGUGGCGAGCCGGGAACUUCAGUGACGGCGGGGCAUGUGAGCAGUGUCAGUGUUACGGCCACGCCAACGCUUGCACUUACGACGCCGAGGUGGCCAAGAAGCGACUCUCUCUCAAUAUCAGGGGGGAGUACGAAGGCGGCGGCGUGUGUGUGGGCUGCCGCGACAACACUGAAGGAUAUAAUUGUGAGAAAUGUGCAGCAGGCUUCUUCAGACCUCAGGGUGUGGCUCCUGAUGCUGCGCGCCCCUGCCAACCCUGUUCCUGUCCGGGUCCUGGCACCACCACGGAGUGUGUGCGGGACGACAAGCAGAUCAACCUCGGCCUCUUUCCCGGCGCCUGCAUCUGUAAACAAGGAUUCCAUGGGCCGCGCUGUGACCGGUGUGAGAAGGGCUACCGCCGCUUCCCAGCCUGUGAGCCGUGCCCCUGUGACCGUGCUGGCUCAAAGGGCGACGAGUGUGAGGGGGACUGCGAGUGUAAGGACAACGUGGUUGGGCCGCGGUGUGACACCUGUGCGCCGGGCCACUUCCACCUGGACGCCCGUAACCCGAUGGGCUGCACUCCCUGCUACUGCAAUGGUGCCACCACCGUGUGUGAGGCGGCCAAGCUGGCGGUGUACACUGUGCUGGAGCGUGCUGACUGGCACGUGACAGAUCUGCUGCGGCGGCGCGUGGUUGCUGCUGUGCACGAGCAGACAGAUGUUAGGAUUGCCCAUGAUGAAAUGUCUCGCUUCUACUCCUACUACUGGUUGGCACCACAGCAGUACCUCGGCUCCAGAAUGACCUCCUACGGCCAGACUCUGAAGGUCAAGGUGGCAUGGGUCAAGCUUCGUGGAGACACCUCGGGCCAGCCCACCCGCUGCCCUGAUGUCAUUAUUGAGGGAGCUGGGUACCGCAUUGCUUAUGGAGACAACACCUACAAGAGAGGCAAGUCUGUCACGCUGGAGAUUCCUCUCUAUGAACAUGGCUGGUUCCACUUUCCAAAGGAUCUGUCUGACAUUGGGCCAAACACCAGGAGCAGGGAGUACAAGGGCAGGGCAGUGACUCGCAGGGAGAUGAUGGAGAUCCUGAGUUCCUUUGAGUCACUCAUGAUCAGGGCAAGAUACCACACAGUCCAGAUUGAAGGAAUACUCCAUGACGUGAUCCUGGAGUAUGGAGCGGAGGGCCGAGCAACACUGGUCACCGGGGCAGUGGAGCGCUGCAGCUGUCCACCUGGCUACACUGGACUGUCAUGUGAGAGCUGUGAGCCGGGCUACAGGCGUGUCAACAACACCAUCUUUGGGGGAGAGUGCCGCAAGUGUGACUGCAAUGGCCAUGUGGACUCCUGUGACCCCUAUACUGGUGCCUGUGGGGAGUGUCAGCACAACACAGUCGGUCCGCGCUGUGAACGCUGUGCUGCAGGUUUCUUUGGAGACCCUUCCUUGGGCACUCCUGAUGCUUGCCAGGCCUGUGAGUGCCCCCUGCCCCUGGGAUCCAACCAUUUCACUCCAAGAUGUGUGCCUGACCUCGAUCUUGGUGGAUACAAGUGCAAGUGCCCGGCAGGCUAUGUGGGCCCUAAGUGUGAGAGGUGUGCUGAGGGAUACUUUGGUAAUCCCUUCCUACCGGGAAACUACUGCCGCCCGUGUGAGUGUAAUGGAAACCUUGACUUGAGGGAGAAGGGCACGUGUGACUCCCAAACGGGCCAGUGCCUCAAGUGUACUGGAAACACUGCUGGCUGGCACUGUGAGCGCUGCAAGGAGAACUACUAUGGGGAUGCUAGCAGGGGUCAGUGCCAUCCCUGUGGGUGCCAUGAGCGAGGCUCCCUCUCAACUAGUUGUGACCCACAAACAGGACAGUGCAAGUGCCGCAACCUCUUCACAGGGAGACAGUGUGACCGCUGCAAGAGAGGUCACGGUGGAGUGGCCGAGGGGUGUCCAAGGUGCAAUUGUGACCCUGAGGGAUCCACCAGCCAGAUCUGUGACCCCUUCACCGGCCAGUGCCCUUGUAAACCAGGUGUGACUGGGAAGACCUGCUCCCAGUGCCUCCUGAACCACUAUGGCUCUCUUGACACCGGAUGCUCUCGGUGUGCGUGUAAUGAGCUGGGGUCGACGAGCAGCAGCUGUGACAUAGUGAGCGGCAGGUGUCUGUGCAAGAACAACGUGGUGGGACGUGCCUGUGACAAGUGCAGGGAUGGAUACUGGGGCCUGUCAUCAGGCUCCGGCUGUCGUCCCUGUGACUGUAAUCCCCGGGGCAGCAUCAGUCCUCAAUGUGACGACGCCACAGGCCAGUGUCGCUGUCGGCCGGGUGUCGGGGGUCCUCGCUGCGACACCUGCUUGCCUGGGUACUGGGGAUUCUCCAGGCAGGGAUGCAAACGCUGUGACCCCUGUGGUAUUCCCGGCCGCUUCUGUGACCCCAACUCUGGACGCUGCAUCUGCCCCGCCAAUACUGAGGGCGACCGCUGCGAGAGGUGCUCCCCGGGCUCCUGGGACUAUGACGCCUCCAGGGGCUGCAAGCUCUGCAACUGCUCAGGCGUGGGAGCGUUGAGUCGCCAGUGUGAUGCACGCACCGGCCACUGUACCUGCAAGGAGGGGUAUGAGGGGGAGCACUGCGGCAGGUGCAGCUAUGGGUACUAUGGCUUCCCGGUGUGCAGCUCAUGCAAGUGUUUUGAGAGUGGCACCAAUCCGCAAAACUGUGAUGGUCAAGGUCGAUGCCAGUGUGACGAGCGUGGACAGUGCCCGUGCAAGGCCAAUGUGGUGGGUCGCAGGUGUGGUAAGUGUAAGGGCAGCACGUUUGGUCUUUCGGUAGACAACCCCUUGGGGUGCACCAGUUGCUACUGCUUCAGGAGGACCAACCAGUGCACUCAGGCAGACCUCACGUGGUCCCAGCUGAGGUUGCUGGAGCGUCGAGUUCUGAGUGUGGAGUUCCGUCACCAAGUGUCAGGAGAGAGACCAGUCCGUCCACCUAUAGUCGUAGUUCGGCCUUGGAACACCCAGGAGAUAUGUUAUAUCAAUUUAGCACUUCCUGGAGAGAGAAUCCUCAGCUUUGGCUCAGGAGAGACGCGCCUCAAUGUAACCAAUCAGCUUCAUGUCAUCCCAGGAACAGAGGGAAAUGUGUCCAUUGCCUCCUCGCUGCUGUUUGAUGCUCCUCUGUACUGGCAGCUUCCCAGGGAGUUCAUGAGAGACAAGGUCAAGUCAUACAAUGGUUACCUCAGAUUCAGGACAGAGAGCAGUGGUGGCAGGAGUUUUCCUGAACAGAUCCUGCAGACCUAUCCACUUGUCUCCCUGCAAGGCAACUGGCAGCUGGUGCUUGAGUAUUACCCACCCACCUUGUCUCCUGAUGGCCGCUAUAAAGUAAAGCUACAUGAGGAUCACUGGCAUCUCAAGAAUGAUCCAAGGCGUGUGACUCGAGAGAUGAUGAUGAUUGCCCUCCAGAACAUCCAGCACCUGCUCAUUCGCGCCACACACGCCUCAGACGCCACCUCUGCCACAUUGCAAGAUGUAGCCAUGGACAUCGCAGCAGAGGGGUCUCCCACAUCUUCCCGCGUUGCACUGGGCGUAGAACAGUGCAUCUGUCCCACCAGCUACUCGGGAACCUCCUGUCAGAACCCCAACACUGGUCAUUACCGUUGGUACAAGAAGAACUAUAUUGUGUCAACCAUAAUUAUUGACUUGGUGGGCGAGGCGCGGCGCUGUGAGUGUAACGGACGCUCAGAGACUUGCAACUCAGAGACAGGAGCAUGCCAGAACUGCAGAGACAAUACGAUGGGUCCCAAAUGUGAGGUUUGUAUCACUGGGUAUUAUGGUAAUCCUGACCUGGGUCCAUGCAAACCCUGUGCGUGCCCCACUCGCUUACAAAACUUUGCCGAGACCUGCCAGGCUGACCGCUAUGCUGAGUAUGUUUGUAACUGUCGGGUUGGCUACACUGGGAACAGAUGUGACAGGUGUGAGUAUGGGUACUAUGGAAACCCUUCACAGCCAGGAGGGUCAUGUGUGCCUUGUGACUGUGACCCAUUUGGCAGUGUGCAUGAGGGCUGUGACAAUCAGGGCCAGUGCUCCUGUAAGGAAGGCAUCCAGGGCAGAGACUGUUCCCAGUGUGCUCCCAGACACAUCACCUCUGCCACUGGCUGCCAGUCGUGCGUGGAUGGAUGUGUUGAUGUCCUCCUUGAUGAGGUGGAAGAAAUGAUAGAGCUAACCACUUCUGUUGAUGUGACAGGCAUCAUUCCUGCACCAUGGCCAUCACUCCGAGAGAUUCGCAACAUCACCAAAGUCUUGCGGUACCAGCUGAACCGUUACCACAGCAGUGUGAACAUCUCCCAGAAGAUGAUAGUAGACUUCAACCUCGAUUACAUUGCCCGAGACCACUUGAGAAAGGCCAAGGCGCUGCUGGACAUUGCCAGGAUGACAUUCCCACCAAUAGCAACACUCAGAUCUGAUGCUAAGGAUGUCCUGGACUUACUGAAUAGCCUGUAUAUCCAAAUUGAUGAGACCAUUGCAUACCUCAAGAAUUAUGCCAUAGGAGAGACACCAAACAUUUCAAUAGGAGUUGCCCUAGAGGAGGCUGAGAUGAUCCUUAAACAGAUUCAGAUGAGGAACUUCACUCUGGUGAAGAUUGGCGCUGACACUGAGCUGAGGAAAGCUGAAUUGCUGCUCGAGAGAAUAAAGAAGAUGGACCAGACCAAUCCUCUCACCCAGGACAUCAAGUUUCGUGUUGGUGACUACGAGAGCAAACUAAAGGAAAUGCGGGAGAGGAUACGAGUCUCCAACCUGAAGAUAGACCAGACCGGGCUUCUGAUGAAGGGCAAUGCUCAGCGACUGGGGCGCCUCAAUGAUUACUCUGACCGGAUCAGGAACUCCCGGGUUGUCAUUCAGGACCAGAACUUCAACUCCACACAGCUGCUGAGGGACGCUGCUCGCUACCUCAGCAAUAUGGGAAUUAAUUAUGAUGUCAUUGAGAGGCUGUUGCUGGACUUGAGGAACAGCUCCUCCUUCUUGUCAGAGUACUUGGCUCAGCUGCGAAGGGACAACCUUGAGUACCGAGAGAGAUAUGUUAAGCGUGCCCACGACCACGCCAUGGAUCUCAUGCGAGAAUCCAUUCGCUUGGAAAGCUUAUUCAACAAAACUAGAGGCAUUGCUGUUGAUCCUCUGAAUGCUGCUGGAGCCUACAAGCGGAUUGUUGAGGCUCUGAAGAGUGCUGAGGAGGCUGCCCGCAAUGCCUCACAGGCUGCUGAGAAAGCUUAUAGAGUGGCUUAUCCAGAAGGGACAGAAGACUCUUUAGUGCGGCAAGCCAUCCAGUCCCUGCAAACCUCUCAGGAACUCCAGUCCAAGGGCCAUGACUUAAAAACAAUGAUAACGCAGCAGCUGACAACCCUCAACAAGCAGCAGCAGGACCUGGGCAGCACCAGAGGCAUCAUAGACAUCGCCAACAGCCGGCUCGAUGCUCUCCACACCCUCAUGGAUAUCCAUUUCUCUGCCAACAUCUCUUCAGGCAUACAGCAUGCAUUGACAAGGACAGAAGAGACUCGCAAUAAUGUAGAAGGAACUCUUGAAAAAAUUACAUCCAUCCAAACAAACCUCACCAUCAUCAAAGAGCAAGCCAGAGAGCUGAACCGGUUUGAUAACUCUCUCCUCAAUGAAAUCAGGGAAACUAUUUCCACUGCCAAGAGCCACACCACAAAGGGAGUCCGUCUUGCCAGCAACAUGCAGAAGACUGUGGACAGAAUUGAAAACAAGAGUAAAGACUUGAGGGACAGGAUUGAAGCCCUUAAGAGGAAGAUAAAGCAGACAAGACAGUAUGCCUCCUCUAUCCGAGUGUCUCUGACAACGGAUGCCGCAGGAGUGUGUACAAGGAAGUACCGUCCCACGCUGCACCCCUCCACCACCACCACCAUCACUCUCAACUAUGCUAUCAGCACAGCAGAGACUGAUGCACUUCUUCUCUAUGUUGGCUCUCGUAAUACUAGUGACUUUAUGGCAGUGGAGAUGGUGAAUCGUAGAAUUGAGUUUGUAUGGGAUGCCGGCGGAGGAAUGCAGCGCAUCACACAUCCCCUCACCCUCCUCACCAACACUGAGGAUGUGUCUAAUGACAAAAGAUGGUACCACAUCAUAGUGAACCGUGUCGGCAACAUUGGCCAGUUGUCUGUGGUGCCAUCCAAUUCUGAGGGUCGUUCUGGCAUGCUGCAGCCACCCGUCAGUGAUGCCUCACCUCCAGGAUUCAGCAAGAUGGAUCUCUUGCCAUCGGACACAGUUUGGGUUGGUGGAGCACCCCCGAGGGCUUAUGGUGUGCUCAAAACCAGGAAAUUCUCAGGCUGUCUUCACACACUUAGCAUUGAUGGAGAGAAUAUUGGUCUGUGGAACUUCACUGAAUCUGAAGGUUGUGGAGCUUGUAAUGAAGGAGAAGAGUUGGUGGUGAGGCACAGAGAUGAGAUAGCAGUCAGUUUUAAUGGUAAAGGUUACUUCAAGGGUAGCAACAGAUACCAGCGACCCAAACCUUACUACAACACAGUGCUUUCCUUCAAAACCCUGGAUGAAGAUGCUCUCCUCUUCCUGGCAGUGAAUGAUGAAAAGAAUCAGUACUUUAGUGUUGCUCUUGAGAAUGGCCAUGUGGUCUUCACGGUCCAGUUUGACGCCCAAACACGACUUGUGAUGACAUCAAGUCGUCGCCACAACAACAGGGACAUGAUACAAGUCCAAGCUACUGUGUCUAAUGGUGCUAUAGAUGGUGCUCGCAUGGGCCGGCUGGUGGUGGGUGACCAGGAUCAGCUGGGCACUGUCAAAGGUGGCCCAGAUCUUGAACUCUCCAGAGUUUCUUACUAUUUUGGAGGUGUUGAUCCUGAGUGUCAUGUUUCCAGAUGGGGCAGUACACUGAUGCUGCGGUCAAUGCUGGGCUGCAUGUCUGGCCUUUCGGUGAUGGAUAAGGGCAGAAACCCACUCACAGAUGGCCAGAAUUAUGGCAUACAGAGCUCUUGUGUUGAUAAGCCUCUGUAUGAUGUUGGCUUCCUUGGCCAAGGCUUCGUGGAGCUUCCAUCACACAUCCUCAAGAGAGACUCCAGUUUUGGCUUCACAUUUCAAACCAUGGAGUCUGAUGCUCUACUAAUGGUGUCCACCUUCAUUGGCCAGGAUAAUGAAACAGAGGCAGACGGGGCCGGCACAACCACCACCACCACCACCACACCCACUCCACUGCCACCUGGAGGGGAACACCCGCCUGACUUCUAUUCAGUGUCCUUGGUUGAGGGUCACUUGGAUAUAAGAAUAAAUGGUGGUGGACAGAGUCAUGGGAUGAUGUCUGCUGCCAAAUAUAAUGAUGGUCGUCUCCAUGCCUUCUUUGUGAUAAAGAGAGACAAAGGUGAAAUGACACUGAAGGUGGAUGAUGCAGAGGUCAACACAACAAGGCUGGACCACAGCAGUCAGGUAGUGGUUGGACCUGACACAGGGGGACUAUACUUUGGAGGUGUACCAGAGAAUCUUGAUAUUGUAAGCAUGGUGGGAACAUCCCGACCACUGAAGGGUUGUGUGCGGGAUAUCAUCGUCAACAACAAAGUUGUGUCCUUCUUGAAUCCGGUGAGGUUCAAGGAGGUGUUCAUUGGGCGGUGUGCAGACCUGCCGGCCACUGCCAUGCAGGGGAUGGAGGCAGACAUGAAGGUGGCAGACUCUUGCUUGCCGCCAACACAACACACGGUGGAGUACAAAGCUCUCAAGUUUGGGGACCAGAUGAACUCUCACGUGAGAAUUCCACUGGAGUCCACAACUUUCAGGAAGAACUUUGAUGUGUCCUUUGAAUUCAGGACUUACUAUCCUAAUGGACUCUUCUUCAUUGCCUCUAACACAAGAAGGAAGCGUGUCCAGUCCAUCUCAGUGCAGCUACACAACAGUCGAGUGAAGGUGUCCAUGAGGAAGGACAGCAAGAAGGGGUCCAAAAUGGUGAAGGCAGAGUCACCCCCAGGCCUCAACACUGGACAGUGGACCAAGGUGAGGGUGGAGAAAACAAAGAAGCGCAUCAACUUGUACAUUGACAACAAGAAUGUCAAGAAUGUGAAGGGCCCACGCAAGGUGAAUGUCGGGCGGGAGCUGUUCCUGGGUGGCCUGCCCUUGGGAGUGACGGCACCAAGAGUGGACGGCUGGCAGGAAGUGGAGCCACUGCGAGGGUGUCUGAGGAAUUUGAAUAUCAAUGGGGAGGAGUAUGAGAUUCCCAGCUCAAGGCGGCUGGAACAGGUGGUGGGAGUGGGACAGUGCUUUGCCAGUGUACAGCCUGGCUCGUACUUCCCUGGUGAUGCUUAUGCUAUUUACAGUGAUGAUUUUAACGUGGGUCUGAUGCUGGAACUAAGGCUGGAAUUCCGCACCUGGGAACUGAACGGUAUCAUCCUGAGUGUGGCAGAUCCUCGAGGCACAUCCCUCUCCCUUGAGCUCAUCAAUGGAGCCGUGGUGCUGAGUGUCGACAUGGGUGUGGGCCACUCAUUCAGUGCACGAGUUGGCCUCAGAAACAGAUUCAGCUUCUGUGACAAUAUGUGGCACACCGUCAAGGCAAGCUACAUCAAAGACUCACUAGCGUUGCGAGUUGACAACCACCAAGAGGCAUAUGGCUUCAAUGGCUCAGGGGACCAUGAGGGAGCCAUCACAGGGGCCGAGCUCUUCAUUGGAGGGUUGCCAGACACGGCCCUGCAAGGAACCCUGACUACUAGGGAGAACUUCAAGGGUUGCAUCCGUAACAUUGUGCUGAACAGUGAGAGGCGGGACUGGACAGACAUGUUCAUGCUUCAGAAUGUCCUGCUGAGUGCAUGUCCGGUACAGUGAUGUAGAAAAUUGAUGGAGCUUUAACCUGCUGACCAAGUCCGUUGUGGUCAAGGCAAGAUGUAAAAAUUUAUUUAAUAAGAAAACUAGUUACAUAGAGCUGUAAGAAAGCUGUUCAGAAGUAAGUUUAUUUGAGUCCCAGAUUUAAGGAAACCUAAAUAGGAAUUUGUACUGUGUGAUGUAAAGAUUCUUGUGUUUCCUGCAGGACUGUACAUAGUAUUUCUCACCUGCAAAACUUUGCCAUGUGCUAAAAACAACAAAUUGCCUCAUGUUCUAACAGGUGUAAGUCAUAGGCUAAUCAGGUUCUUAUUUUCUCACUGCCACCAAACUUAGUAUUAGUUGGCAUUAGUGCCCCACAUGCCUAAUUCUUGUGCUCCAUGUUGCCAUCACAUCCUGGAUGUCCUACUCUAAAAAUUAGACAGACUAACUUAUCCAACAAAACUUAAUUACUUACAUACCUAUGUUCAGUAAUAGUUCUACCAGUUUAAGUUAAAUUUCACAAUAUUAAUUACAGUACUAGUAACUAAUCCACAGCAGGCAAUGGCAGGGUUGCAUUUCGCUUGUGUAGUGUACAGACGGCAUCAAUCUAUAAACAUGAAGAAAGAGGCUGUUCGUUUUUAUUUAUUUUUUAUUUAUUUAUUUAUUUUUUUUUUUUUUUUUAAAGUUACUGUUAUUUGUUUAGUACAAAUUAAACUAUUUAAGAAAACUUUUACUCAGCAUAGGAGCAAACUAGUUGCUACAAGCACUGUGAAGAAUGUUAGUGAUGAGUGCACUAUUUUCAGCUAAAUUUGUUCAUAAAUUUGGCCUUGUUUAUAUUAACAUUAAGGAUGCCUCUGUAUAAUAUAAAGGUGAAUGUAUGUCC